AUGGGCAGCCGGCCCAGCAGGGAGAAGGAGCUGGGCAGCCCCCAGCCGCCCCCCAGCGCCCGGCUCGCAGCUCCCAGCAGCUUCCUGGCACUGGCCACGUGUGACUUCCCCUGCGGCGGGGAGGCUGCCGCCGUCCUGAGGAUGGGGGAGCAGCUCCGCGUCCUCGCCGAGGACGGCGAGUGGUGGCUGGUGGCGUCCGUGGUGUCCGGCCGGCAGUGUCACAUCCCCAGCAGCUACGUGGCCAAGGUCUGGCACAGGUGGCUGUACGAGGGGAUCAGUCGGGAGAAGGCGGAAGAGCUGCUGCUCCGGCCUGGCAACCACAGUGGGUCGUUCCUGAUCAGAGAGAGUCAGACCAGGAAAGGCUGCUACUCGCUGUCGGUGCGGCGCACCGAGCACGUGUGCUGGGACGCUGUCAGCCACUACCGCAUCCAGCGCCUGCACAACGGCUGGCUCUACAUCUCGCCCCGGCUCACCUUCCCCAGCCUGCACGACCUGGUCGAGCACUACUCGGAGUGCGGGGACGGCCUCUGCUGCCCCCUCGGGGAGCCCUGCUACCUGGGAGCGGGAGGCCAAGCCCCAGCCCAGCAGCCGCCUCCGCCCGUGGCUGUCAAGAAGGCGCCGCUCGACUGGGAGCGCGUGGACAGCUCCGCGCUGUUCUCGGGGGCCGUGGCGCUGCCUGAGGAUGAGUCCCCCAUCAGCGUGGGCCUGCGGGAAGCCAUCAGCUCCUACCUGCUGCUGACGGACGGGGCGCCGCCGGAGAGCAGCCCGGCUGACAAGGGCAAGGGCAGGGAGCACAGCUGA